CGGAAAUACGUAAACCCGGAAGUUGAUGUUUUCCGCGCGUCUUUUGGGAUAAGCUACUCUACACGCAAUCUGAGCUGCUGAGAUGGCGGGAAUUAAUGCUAUGGAGAAGAAACUGGCUGAGUUCAAAUGUGACACAAAUGAAGCAGUAUGCCUAAAAUUGGUCCGAUUUCCUGAAGAUAUCGAAGAUGAUGGCACAACAUUCCACCCUGAGUACAGCCAUCAGACAUUUGGAGAUGAUGAGGUUGCUUUUGGAUACAAAGGGCUUCAAAUCCAGCUCUAUUAUACUGCUGGUAACCUGAGUACCCUCUUCAAAGUGAAAUAUUCAUCCAAAGUCACAGAGAAGUUCGACUGUGUUGAGGCCGAUGACAUAGAAGGAAAGAUCAGGGAGAUUAUUCCUGCUGGUUUCACCAGUAACACUGACGACUUCAUCUCACUCUUGGACAAAGACGCCAACUUUAAGCCUUUUGGCACGCUCCUCCACACAUACACAGUUCACAAUGAGGAGGCAGGGGAGCUCACAUACCAGAUCUACAAGGCUGACAUGACUUGUGCAGGAUUCCACGAGUACCACGAGCGUCUGCAGACCUUUCUCAUGUGGUUCAUAGAGACGGCCAGUUUCAUCGAUGCCGAUGACGAUCAUUGGGACUUCUUUCUUGUAUUUGAAAAGUACAAUAAAGAUGGGGAGACUCUCUACGCCACUGUUGGCUACAUGACAGUUUAUAAUUACUACGUGUACCCAGACAAAACGAGACCACGUGUAAGCCAAAUGCUGAUCCUGCCUCCAUACCAAGGAGAGGGACAUGGAGCCCAGCUUCUCGAGGCAGUGCACAGGUUUUACUGCAACCUGCCCAAGGUGCAAGACAUCACAGCUGAAGACCCAUCUGACAGCUAUGUGAAGCUGAGGGACUAUGUGCUGGCCAAACUUUGCCAGAGCCUACCAUCAUUUGCUUCAGACAGACUGCAGCUUGGCUUUUCAGAAGACAUGGUCAAAGAGGCUCGGGAUAAACUGAAGAUCAACAAGAAACAUGCCAGGCGAGUGUACGAGAUCCUGCGUUUAAGAACCACAGACAUGAGUGAUGAGGAGCAGGCUCGGGAUUAUCGCUUGGAGGUGAAGAAGCGGCUAUUUGGACCAUACAGGAAGAAUCAGAGGGAGCUAGAGAAGAUGAAGAAGUGCUUGCGGCCGGAGGAGCUGGUGUCACACAUGGGUCAGAUGGACACUCAGGUGCAGCACGAGGAGCUGGAGAAAAGCUACCAGGAGGUGGUGGGAGACUACCGCAGGAUCAUAGAGAGGCUGGCUGCACACGUCUGAACAUCUCUCAGAGCAACAGACUCUAGUUGUAAUGAUACAGUAGUCACCAAAGAGAGUGGCGGUUUUUAGCAUCUUGAUCAGUAUCUCAGCAGGGGGUCUGGUCAUGUGUCUACUGAUUUAGUUCAUCAGCCACACUUCGGAAUGACCCACGUCUUUAAACGUAUCAUGUGAGGUUCAGUGUCAUCAGUUAUUUACAGCUUUGCCGUUCUUUUUUUCAUAUGGACACCAUGAAAGUUCUUAAAAACUGUGUAAGUGUAUCCUUCAAAGUACUUAAUAAAGUAAAUUGGUUUUGUA